AUAGGGAAACAGGUCGUGGGGGUGGAACACUCAUAUACGUUAAACAACCCAUUUGUGCAACGCAUUUUAGUCACCCUAUUCUGUCACAACUUAAUGAUUCGGUGUGGGUCGAAAUAAAAGUUCUCAGAAGUAAACCUAUCCUUAUAGGGUGCGUAUACCGACCGCCAUCAUCCAACCGCGAAUACGAUAACGUACUCAGCAACAUAUUUAGUGUUGCAUCCAAUCUUCCCUUCAGUUAUAAUAUAAUUGGAGGUGACUUCAAUUUGCCUGAUAUAUCAUGGCGUACACUUCGUGGACCCUCGAGGUAUGAUAAUCUUCUUAAUUCCAUCAUUACUGGAGGAUGGACGCAACACAUAAAUGUACCCACUAGGUCCAAUAACAUUCUUGAUCUUAUAUUUACGAUCAACGUAGCACCAUCUACAAUUCAUGUGGGACAUGAAUUCCCAGGUAGCGAUCAUAAAAUAGUUGCAUGUUCGUUUAAUAUUUCUCCAGAAACUAUACACAGAAACGAAGUUAGUCGGACACCUAUAAGACUAUACACGCAGGUUGAUUGGGACUUGUAUCAGGACUUGAUUAGAUACUCUAAUUGGGAUUCCUACUUUACCAAUGACUCCUUAGAGGAAGUCCUUGAAAACUUCUAUGACAAUAUACAGUCGAUUAAUGAUGUCAUAGCGCCUGUGAAACUGAUUAAAUUCAAAAUCCCUCAAGGUGAUUUUAUUCCAAUAUCAUUAAGAAGAAGUUUGCGGAAGCAUUCAUUAAGUUACUACAGACAUGACGACUUAUCGUCGUUAAUCGCUAUCAAAACAAUCCUCAUUAGAAUCCAUGAGUUAAAAAAUCUAAGUCUUAGGAAUAAAGAAACGCGGGCAAUUCAGUCGCCACAUAACACUGGAGAAAUAGCCAAACUCUUCAAAAAAACGACUGACUCAGUUCACUUGGAUCGCUUCUACGUUUUGUGAAUUAGUCGGGAAGAACGCGAACUCAAUUGUUGCAUGUACAAUUGUUUUACUUAUGUCGUUGGAGUAAACAGCUCUGUUGCAUACUUGAGUGUUUUAAAGUGGUAUCACCGGGUUCACGAAAUUAAAUACGAAAUCCAAAGAGAGGUGACCGCUAGCCAAAUUGGUAGACAGUAAUUUAUAUCAAUGUUUGCGUCCCCAAUAUUGGUCGUGAGAAGAAUAAGAACAAAGACUGAUUCACCAACCAGCCACAGCAGACUUUACAUAGGCGGAUACAGUUAGCAGACAGAUGAUCUGACAUUCAAGAAACAGUCACAAAGAGAUGCAAGGUUAACUUUCUGUGAGAAACAACCAAUCAGAAGACUGUGUUUUUCUGCUAACAAUAAUCUAAAAUAAUGCACAUGAAAAUCUAUAAAUACGCGUUGAUUUGCUUAAUAAACGAUCUGUUGCCUGUUCCUUGUCUUGUGUUAUUACAAUAUAGCAUCUGAUUAUUAAUAAUUCUCUGCGGCAAUUUUAUUUGACUUUUAAUUAUUCAUAGAUUGAUGCACAUGAAUUUUAUAAGAUGAUAUAUUUGCGAAACAUAUUUCGAACAAUCAUUUACGGAAUUGUCAUAGGAAUUUAUAUGAAACUGAUAAAGAGUUAAGAAGUGAAAAAACAGACUUGGGUCAAGUUGAAAGGGCAUAUUGCAAGUUGAAAUAACAAUGAAGAUCACUAAACCAAAUAAGAGAGGUAAUAGUACAUCUACCCUGGUAUCAAAACAAAG